AUACCAGUAAUUAUUGUUUUACUUUCUUCCUCAGGAAUUCUUAUGAUAUGUGAUGUGAUGAGUUUGAUUGCCAUCAUGGAUGACACGGGUUUGUAUCAGGACAUCAAAUUCAAAAAGUUUAAGGAAGAGAUUGAGGCGGGUUCCCGGGAGGAGAAUUCAUUUGAAGUAAUGGAAGAGUGUUUUGCUUAUGUGGAUGAAGAGAAUGCAGUUUUUAUAAAGACUGAAGACUUGGAAUUUGCUGAUGUGGCAAGAAAGAAGAGUGAUAUUUCAGUGUGUCAGUAUGAAGAUCCAUUAAAAGUGAUAUUGCCAGAGGUUUAUGAGUGUGAGUAUACAAACUCCUCAGAUGCUGAUCAGAGGGCACCCAGAAGUAAGAAAGAGAUAUUGCAUGAAAAGGUUAAUUUAAAAAAGAAAACUGUUCUUUGUGAAAUAUGUGGGAAGAUAUUCCCUUCAAUGAGCAGUCUGCAAGUUCAUAAGAGAGUACAUACAAAUGAGAAACCUUUUCAAUGUAAAAUAUGCAAUAAAUCAUUUGUUUGCAAACCCUACUUAGCAUCACACAUGCGAGUACAUUCAACAGAGAGAAUAUAUAGGUGUGAAAUAUGUAAUCAGACAUUCAAAUGGAAAAAUGCUUUAGAGGUGCAUAAAAGAGUGCAUACAAAGGAGAAACCCUAUAAGUGUGAGCUUUGUAGCAGGUCAUUCUCACACAGUCAGAAUUUAGCGGUGCACACAAAAACACAUAGAAAGGAGAGCUAUGGCUGUGAGGUAUGUGGUAGCGCAUUUUCAUUGAAAAGUCGCUUAGUGUUACACCUAAGAACUCAUGUUACUGAAAAGCCAUAUAGUUGUAUGGAAUGUGGCAAGAAGUAUUCUAAAAAAUUUACCUUACAGGGACACAUGAGAGUACAUACAAAAGAGAAGCCUUUUAUAUGUGAUUUUUGUAGUAAGGCAUUCUCAGAAAGAAGGUAUCUCGUUGGACAUAUAAGAGUGCAUACAAAAGAGAAACCGCAUAUUUGCAAAGUUUGCAAUAAGUCUUUCUCCCAGAGGGGUAGUGUAGGGAGGCACAUGAGAGUACAUGAUAGAUAGAAACAUUGUUCUAAUAUGAUACACGUUCCUCUUCCUGAAAAGAUUGGAUUGGAACUACCCUAGGCAGUCGGAGAGUCACUUUCCACUUAUUUAGAAAUAUUUAUUGAUUAGUAGCACACAAACGUUCAUAUUCGAGGUAUAUAAUUACCUUAAAUAUUAGUUAACGUAAACAUAUAAGGUGAAACCUUAUUUUUGUAUUGAAUAGACAUUGUUAUGCAGUGUUGAAUUUACAUGUGGAUGUCAAUGCUUUGAUUUUUUUUUUGGGGGGGGGGGGUGAUUGGCUUUACCGAUGUAGAAAAUUCAAUUUAGAUGAAAUUAGUAAUGAAAUAUUUCAAGGCCAUAUUUACUUGCCAAUGAUAUGUGAGAGAAUGGUUUAUUGAAAAUUUGGCUUGCAGUUUAGCCAAUGUAGUCAGAAUUUUAUUUACUGUAUUUUAUUUACAAGGCAUAGAAAAUGAGACAUUUUAGUGAGAGAACAGUGUAAAAAAAAAAUCUUUCAAGCUAUCUUAGAUUUUGAUAUAAUGAAAUGGUCAAAUAAAAAGUAAGAAAAGUGACUGAGUGAAAA